AUGUACCAGAACCCGCCGCCCGCACACUCUCCGCCGCUCCACCACCCCGUACCCCAGCAUGUCUCGACAGUCCCGCAGCUGCGAUCACCUCCGCCUCCCCAGCCGCCGUCGCAGCCCCAGAGCGGGUAUGGCUAUGGACAGCAGCACGGCAUGCCCGGCCAGCAAGGCUACGGCAACAUACCGCCUGCUUUCGGAGGCUUCAUCAACGACCCUACGGCGCAGCUGGGCUUUCAGAUGGGCAAGAGUGCCAUGAAUGCGGGACAGGAAUAUGUAGAGCAGAACUUCGGCCGCUUCGUCAGCGUCGGCGCCCUCAAGCACUACUUCAACGUCACCAACACCUACGUCGUAAACAAGCUCUGGAUCGUCCUCUUCCCCUGGCGCCACCGCCCCUGGUCGCGCCAGCAACGCAUGACCAACAACACCCAAGACGUCUUCUACCUGCCGCCCCGCGAGGACAUCAAUUCCCCCGACAUGUACAUUCCCAUAAUGGCGCUGGUAACCUACAUCCUGCUGUCCACCCUCCUCGCAGGCCUGCGCGGCGCUUUCAAGCCCGAGCUCCUGGGCUACACCACCACGCAAGCCAUCUCCGUCAUGCUCCUCGAGAUCCUGAUAAUAAAGCUCGGUACUUUCCUGCUCAAUAUCUCGAGCUCGUCGCAGCUGUUGGACCUCGUGGCGUACAGCGGGUAUAAGUUCGUGGGUGUAAUCAUCAGCCUGCUUCUCACCUCCCUGUUCAGUCAAUUUAACUUCGGCGGAGGCUGGAUCUCCUGGGUCGUCUUCAUUUACUGCUUCAACGCCAAUGCCUUCUUUCUGCUCCGCAGCCUGCGCUACGUUCUCCUACCCGAAUCGAACCCACAAGGCGUUGGAGGCGGUGCUGCUGGCUACACGAGUUCACGGAGCCAGAAGAGCGCGAGGACCCAAUUUCUUUUUCUUUACAGCUAUGUCAUCCAGCUGGGUUUCAUGUUCUGGCUGAGCAGGGUUUGA